CCGAGUCACCACCUCCACACAAACCUAAGAAAUCACGUCCGCGUCUCCUGCUGCUGUUCCUGUGAGAUGUUCUCCUCCCCGGCGGAGCAAAGUCCUGCAGGAGCCGCUCAUCGUCCUCCCUUUCGCUGUGUGACCCACUGAUCCAACACUUGGUACAUUUUAAAAUCAUCAAAUCAAGACUUGGGGACACUUCACGCAGCGACGCAGGGUCCGAUGGCGCCGUGGAUAAUACUUGUGUUUUCUUUAUGUGGACUUCUCCAGGGACAAGAGACUCAGCCUCCCACUGUGCAAGAAUGCUGUCAGGACGGGAGGGAUGCAGCCCACAGAGGACAAGACUGUUCCAUCCUCACAGCACUCUCACACUCCCACACCUGCAGGAUUGUCCAAGAGCAGUGUUGUACGGCAGCACUCGCGGAGAGGCUCUGUAACAGCGGCGUCGAGUUGGCUCGCAGGCAAGGAGCCUGUGACGUGUCUGCAUCCUCGGAAUCUCACAUCUCAAAGAUGUGUUGUGACUGCUGUUUGCUCGGCCUGUCAUCAGGCCCGGGUUUGAAGUGUAACCUUCAGGGUCUGUUGGUGGGGACACAGUGCGCACAAACAGCUGCAGCCUGCUGCAGCCAAAACACAAAAGCAGAGGUGCCAACACUGAAUUCUAAAGACUCCUCCUGCUCCCAGCUGCACACCGACGACGGCUCAUGUGGCUGUCGAGAUGGUUUUCAACUGCAGAGUGAUGGAGUGACAUGUGAAGAUAUAAACGAGUGUCUGACGGGCAGCCCCAACUGCAUGUCCGGUCAAACGUGCAUCAACACAGAAGGCUCCUUUCGCUGUCAGAGGCAAACUGGCUGCGGCACAGGGUAUGAACUCAAGGACAACAACAGCUGUGAAGACCUGGACGAGUGUGCUUUGGGGACCCACAACUGUGGUCCACAGUUUACGUGCACCAACACAGCCGGCUCGUUCCGCUGCCGCCCGAAAGAGAAGUGCUCCGUAGGUUUAAUUCAGGACGCUGCCGGCACCUGCAUCGAUAUAAAUGAGUGUGUGGCCAAUGACAGUCCAUGCCCGUCUGGCCACACCUGUGUCAACAUGGUGGGCUCCUAUGUCUGUCGCCGGAACAUCGUCACCUGUGGAAGAGGCUACCAUCUAACUGAGGAGGGCACACGCUGUGAAGACAUCGAUGAGUGUCGCACUGGCAACGCUUGUGUCGGCCACGGCUGCACGAACCUUGUGGGAACGUACCGCUGUGAGUGCAGACAUGGCUACACCUUCAACACCAUCAGCAGACUGUGUGAAGACAUUAAUGAAUGCAGGGAGCAUUAUGUAGAGCGACUGUGUGCCCACAAGUGUGAGAACACUGAGGGCUCCUACCAGUGCAGCUGCACCACUGGCUUCAAACUGUCCCAAGACGGCAAGAGCUGUGAGGAUAUAAAUGAGUGUGAGCAGAACCCUUGUAACCAGGAAUGUGCCAACGUCUACGGCUCCUACCAGUGCUACUGUCGCCGUGGUUACCAGCUGAGCGACAUCGAUGGGAUAACAUGUGACGAUAUUGAUGAGUGCGCUCUGCUCGCUGGAGGUCACGUGUGUUCCUACAGCUGCAUGAACUCCCCAGGAAGCUUCUCCUGUACUUGCCCUCCCACUGGAUACAUACUUGGCCCCAGUGGACGCAUGUGUCAAGACAUUGACGAAUGUGCAAGCGCGAGCCACACCUGCUCUGUAUCUGAGAGCUGCUUCAACGUCCAGGGGGGAUUUCGCUGUCUGUCCUUCCAGUGUCCUCAACACUUUCGACAAGUAUCGCAGGGCCGUUGCGAGCGCGUGACUUGUGAGUUCGCGCGGGAUCCUGCGUCGUGCCGCUCACUUCCACUGAGAAUCUCCUUCUAUAACAUCAGCUUCCCCACCGACACUCCCGUCCCCGCUGAUAUUUUCCGAAUGGGCCCCGCCAAUUCCAUCCAGGGAGAUGAGAUGCUGUUCAACGUCACGUCAGGAGACGAGGAGGGUUUCUUUGUCGUGCAGCGGCAGAUCCAUGGAGGCGUGAUCACCCUUCGCCGUGUCUUGUCUGAGCCUCGGGAUUUCCUUCUGACUGUGGAGAUGAGGCUGAUUCGUUAUGGAACCGCACAUCUGUACAUGGCCAAGAUUGCUGUUUUUGUCACACAUGAGCAACCCAUGCGAACCUCCAGGAAACUGCCACAUUUGAAGUCUAGUCUUUAAGAUGUAAACGUAAAUGUACACUGAAAUUAGAGUGAAUUUGAGUCAUGUAUUUCACAAAUGAGUCAGCAUAGUUUCCUGUUUGAUGUUGUUACCUUGUUGCCCAUUGACUGCUGUUUUGAUCCAGAUGAAAAGACAUUUCAUUAGAAUAAUAUGGAUUGGAUUAUUUAGAGCGGGAAAAGCUUUUGUGCUGAACAAAACCCAGAUUUUCCCUUUAAGAUAUUAGAAAUAUACGGAGCCCCUCACAUGACAUGGGAAAGAAAAUAAUUGAUUUGUUCCCACGAAAUAGGUAAAAUGUGUGCACGCAUAGUAUUAAUAACAUUCUCAUGAAUUAAAGCGACCAAAGAGGGCUGAAGCUUUGGGAUGGACAGAGAUAGUUUGCUUUCAGCCCUCUUUUACAUAUUUUGUGGCCACAAAUUAAUAUUCAUGGGCAUGUUUUACCUAUUUCGUGGGAAGGAGUUAGUAUUUCGUGGGAAGGAAUUAGUAUUUCAUGCGCACAUUUUACCUAUUUCGUGGGAAGGAAUUAGUAUUUCGUGGCCACACAUUAGUAUUUCAUGCGCCGAUUUGACCUAUUUUGUGAGAAAGAAUUGGUAUUUCGUGGCCACAAAAUAGUAUUUCGUGGGCACAUUUUACCUAUUUGUGGGAAGGAGUUAGUAUUUAAUGCGCACAAUUUACCUGUUUUCGUGGGAAGGAAUUAGUAUUUUGUGGCCACAAAUUAGUAUUUCGUGGCCACGUUUUCCCUAUUUCGUUGGAACAAAUAAGUAUUUUGUGGCCACAAAUUAAUAUUAUAAUAAAUAAAAAAUGACAGCAACAAGGUGAUAAGUUCAUUAAAUUCAGUUGUUAUGACUGCUCUUGAUGCCUUUAUGUUAUUUAUUCCAGGAUAUGGUAUAGCUGCAGGUAUAUCAGGACAUUCCUCUCACCACUAGAUGGGGCUCAUUGGCUGUCAUAGAUCUCUACAAUGUUCUGACACUAAUGCCCUCAUAUGCAUUAACUGCUGAUGGCAGGCAGCUCAGUCUACCUCAUGUCUCUGUUGCAGCUUCCAUUUAUUUGUACUUUCUGUGUGUUUGAGAAUAAAAUAGUGACAGAUUUAAAGAGAAAA